GGGUAAAGCUCAACAAGAGGGUGAUAUCAAAAGUCUGAUGGAGAAAAUAGCGUCGAAGGAAGCAGAACUCAGAGAACUAGGAGAAAAACUAACGAAAUCUGAGCAAGAAAAGUCAGACGAGCUUGGCAAGGUAUGGGAGACAAUGACUGAGCUACAGUCAGUAAUUGAGGAUCGCGGAAAAUCUAUCGACAAGCUUGAAAAAGAGUUGAAAGACCAAGAGGCGAAACACAACAGACAGAAGAACACUCUCGGGCAGACGGUCGCUAAGAUGAAGGAAGUGAUGGAGAGGAAGGGAGGAGACGCGAAUAAAGUCAGCGCUAGGAUCGCUGAGCUCGAGAAAGAGCUAAAGGAAAAGACGAAGAGCGCCGAGAAGCUCGUCAAAGCGUCGGAGAAACGUGAAAAGGAAGUCGAUGCGCUGAAACGCGCGCUUCAAGACCAGGACCAGGUAAUGGAGGAACAACAAGAUGCACUGACCGAGCGACAGCUGGAGAUAGAGUCCCUCACAGAGGAGUUGCGUACACUUAAGGACCAGAACACAUCCACAAAUUCUCUCUCCGCCGAGAUUCGCCGACUAGAAGGCACGCUAUCCGUUUACAUCGAGGAAAAGGACCAGCUACAGCGGGAGCUCGAUGCGCUCAGGAAGACAGAGGCGGGAAUCGAGGUGUCAAAGGUGGAGAUCAGUCGAGAUUACGAGAUCGAGAAAAGUGAGAUCUUGGUAAAGCUGGAGCAGAAGGAAGGAGUGAUCGCCAAGAUGAAGACCCAGCAGAAGAGCUCCGACUCGGCCGCCGCCAAGGAGAAACGGCUGCUUAAACAGCAGUUAAAGGAGAAAGAAUUCGAGAUCAACAAACUCAACGAGAACUUGGAAAAGGCGGAGCGCAAACAGAAAGAGUACGAGGAUCUGAUCCAGCUGAAAGACGUUGAUGUUCGCAAAGCUGCGGAGGAAAAGGAAGGCAUGCUCAAAGCCAUGCGCGAGGCGUUCGAAGUGGCCUCCACCAAGAAGACCGAGUACGAGAACAAACUAGAGUCAGUGCGGAGAGAGAUGCUGGUGGAGCACGAACGCGAACUCGCGCGCGUACGCGAGAGUCACGCGCGUGGAAACGCGAUACACGAGAAGGAAAAGGAAAGGAAAUUGGACAUAAAGGAAGAGUCAGUGCGGAGAGAGAUGCUGGUGGAGCACGAACGCGAACUCGCGCGCGAACGCGAGAGUCACGCGCGUGGAAACGCGAUACACGAGAAGGAUAAGGAAAGGAAAUUGGACAUAAAGGAAGAGUCAGUGCGGAGAGAGAUGCAGGUGGAGCACGAACGCGAACUCGCGCGCGUACGCGAGAGUCACGCGCGUGGAAACGCGAUACACGAGAAGGAUAAGGAAAGGAAAUUGGACAUAAAGGAAGAGUCAGUGCGGAGAGAAAUGCAGGCAGAGCACGAACCCGAACUCGCGCGCGUACGCGAGAGCCACUCGCGUGAAAACGCGACACACGUGAAGAAUGAGGAAAGGAAAUUGGACACAGAGGAAGGGCAAGUGACAGUACCUCAGUCGCCAGGCGAAGACAAGAAGCUGGUCGUUCAGGUUGAGAAACUACCGUCGGAUGUGAAGACUAAAGUUCAGCCACUCAAGAAGACUGGAGAGAUGAAGACUGAAGGAAUUGAAGAGCCGGCAAGUACCGGGCCCAUGAGACGCCUCGCCAAGCGCAGACCUGCCAAGAACCGCACUUCAGACGAGUCCACCACUUCCGAGGAUAGCUCUACUCAGGAUCGCAUUGAGAUAGACGUUACUCCCAUCAUGGGACGUAGACGAACUCGCGCCGCCACAAAGGGCUCAAGAAAACGCCGAAGUAGCAGCGAGCUCUCCCUUGCCGAGAUCAAAGCGCAGUUGUCCGCCGCCAAGUGCCGUAGGAUGGACACAGAUGACGAGACUCCUGGGUCUGUCUCCCGCUCUGUUCGAACCCGCUCCACCGCGGGUAGGACGAGCUCUGUGGUCAAAUCACGACCGAGUACAGCACGAAAAACAUCCACGCUCGUCACACCUGGCAAGCCUCCCAUCCCUCUAACUCCCAAGAAUGAGAGCAGCUCUUUAAGUCUUGCGGAGCACCAGUCCGCGAAGAAGAAGAAGAAAGGUUUCUUCGGCAAGCUUUUCGACUCCGCCGGUGACGAAAACUCCCCUCCCCGAGUUCCGCCAUCAGGGAAGAAGAAGAGAAAGCUUCUAAAGAAAGACAUAUCCGGUCCCAUGGACACAUUCUCCCCGACGCCCGUCAGAGGCUCAGUCAGCGAGGCGAGCAAAGAUGACCCUGCUAGACGAUUAAUCACUCGACAAUUGCGCUCAAGAAAAUAAUAAGAGAAAUCAGCAUAUAAGAGAGGUGUCCUUUUAUAAUUUACAAAAAAAGUCUGGAUUUUUUUAAUCGGAACUUUUCCAAACAAUCGUAAUAGCUGAUAAUAUAGUUGCAACUAUAACGCAAUUUGAAACCCACUACCAUCAGUUCACAGAAAAUGUCUGGAUCUUUUUGAUUGGGAAUUUUCCAAACAAUCAUGAUAGCUGUUAAUAUAGUUACAACUAUAACGGGUCUGAUUGUUUAAGAUAGUGUUCUGGGGAAUACAUCUUCACCAGCGGAAAAUAAUAGAAAACGCUAUUUUUAAAAAGAGGAAGGGGGGUUAGUUAGCAAACUAGAUUAUAUGUUGUUGUUGUUUGCAUAUUUGUAAGACAUUUGAAAUAUGUUUUCGUGAACCCAAAAGAAUGUGUUGUGUCAUUGGGGAACAAAAACAAGUUGUUAAUACGUUCCUUGUCACCGUGCUGAACUUUAUAGAAAAGAAACAUCGUUUAGAUAAAUCAGGAAUGUAUUGUAAAUACAAAGUUGAAAAUUGGAAAAAUAAAUGUAGAGAAAUAUA